UCUCACCUCUGCUUCGUCGGCGUCGCAGGAGGGUAUGGAAGGGAGCGGGGUUUAGGAUGGUGAGUUAUGUCCUCGACGGCAACGCGCUCGCGCUCACAGCUACGGAAGCCGCCCGUCGCCGCCGCGCCGUCGAGUCCGCCCAGCCAGACACGAUUGUCGUGAGCAUCGGGUACCCGACCUUACUCCCCGACUCGCCCUACAGCGACAGCCGCUCGCACGACCUCCAGAUCCCCGUGUGCGGCAACUGCACGGCCCCUGCGUUCCCAAACGUGCCAUCGAACGCGGAGAACUUCAUCAUGUUUGUAGAUAGUGUACUGCGGCCGUGGAUCAGGGAGACUGUGUUCCCAGCAACGACGUUCUCGCGGGAUGCGUUGUACGGACACUCGUUUGCUGGUUUGUUUGUGCUGUACGUGCUGCUUACCAGGCCUGGGAUGUUUGAUACGUUUAUGAGUGCGAGUCCGGCGCUGUGGUGGGAAGAUGGGUAUAUUUUUAGGCUACUGGAGGGGUUGGUUAGUUCAGGGGAGAGGGACUUGGAUGUGGAUACGGUAGUUAUGAGGGGGAACGCUACGGUUAGGCCUGCUUUUCAGAUAAGCUAUGGGAAGCUUGAACAGUUUCCGGUGAGACGGCGUCUGGAGUCGGAUGAAGAUUGGCAGCGAAGGUUAGACCUGAUUGAGCCGUUCAAGAUGGCGGAUUAUUGCCAGAGAUUGUAUGAGGUUUUGAAGGGGAGUGAUGCUGUGAGGGACGUGGAACUUCACGAGUAUCCUUUCAGUGAUCAUGCGGCUGUUGGCGGAGCGGCGAUGGCGGAUGGAUUGGAUUACUUCCUGGAUUGGCCGCCUAGGAUCGCCGGCAGUUGAAUGGGGGAGAGGGAAAAGGGGUAUCGGAAUGAGUGGAGUUUUGGUUGCGGGGAAGCUACGAGCUUUCUGUUCCGGUGAGUACUCGAGUACGUAAGGUGGACUUGAAGAUGACUGAGGGGCUGUUAGAUGUGGAGCGAGAUCUUCACCACCUGAUAGUUGUAGAGCCACGCUAGAGUUUACGGAGUGAUCUCGAUAUACAUAUUUAACUACACGCAUCCGAAGGAGUCGAUUGAUACAUUUGAUGUACAUCUGUAAGUACAUAAUUAGGACCAUGUGCGAGUACACGUGUAUGCGGGCGGCCACUCCCGAACGGGAUCUACGUCC